AUGAAAGGACUAUUUUCAGGCACAUGGGCUUUCUACGCUACGCAGCAUUCCUGGGUGUUGCUACGAUCCUCAUUAACUAUGGUAUGGAUCUGCUUUAUUCGAAGCAUCCUCUUCAUUUUGGCGGGAAGGUGGAUAGCAAGUAUGAAAGCGUACGGAAAGCCUUUGAGUGAGUCAGGUGUGGUUUCUGAUGUUUGCAAAAUUAUAGUUUUAUUAGCGCUCAAGUUUAGGCAAAAUUUCAUCGAUGGAUUGGAAACAGAAGGCGCUUCCUUUGCAGUUUACGUAAAAGGACAAAAAGUGGUUGAUCUUUGGGGAGGCUAUGCAGACUUACAAGCAGCAAGAACAUGGAAAGAAGAUACGAUGAGUGUCGUAUUUUCGACUACCAAAGCCGUAGCUGCGCUUUGCAUUGCGGUGCUGGCCGAUCGAGGAAGGCUCAGAUACGAUGACCUCGUAUCAAAGCACUGGCCAGGAUUUGCAAAAAAUGGAAAAGAUAACAUCACCAUCGAGUGGGUGAUGUCUCAUAUGGCAGGUCUGUACUACUUUGAAGAGCCUAUCACCAAAGAAAUAGCUACAAACCACGAUCUUAUGAAAAAGCUGAUUGAGAACGAGACCCCCAAGUUUCCACCAGGAACUGCCUUUGGCUACCACGCUAUGAAUUAUGGCUGGCUCGUUGACCAGAUUAUCAGGCAUACUGAUGAGAAGAAACGAGGGAUUGGGCAAUUUUUGCGGGAGGAGAUUACUGGACCAAACGGUAGGAAACUUGUUUGUUGA